CGAGCUAUUUCAGUUUCUUAUUGCUGCAAUUUUACAUCUACAGCUGUUGUUGAGGAUUUAAAGCUAGAUUCUGGAACAGACGGGUUGAAUAGAUGCUCAGUUGAUUCUGUUCCGAUUCUAUUGUUGUUUCUCUACUGGCGAUAAUUUCUGGUGGAAGUUCGUUGAAAUCAAUGCUUUCUUCUAUUAUUGAUUUUGUUACCCAAGACAGAUGCUGACGUGAAAAUAUGUCAUGUGGAAGAGAACUGUCAUGGCUCUCUACUUGGAUCUGCAGGAUUUCAUCAUUCGUGCUCAAGUUUUGAAGCUGUAUAGACAGGCAUUGAGGACUGCUAGAAGAGCCCCACCUCAUGCUAGAGCUGAACUGACGCAGAUAAUUAGACAAGAGAUGGAGCAAAAUCGUGAUUGCUGUGACAGGCAGAGGAUCCGGUUCUUGCUUGGAGAAGGGACAGGGAAAUUGAAAGGUUUGGAUGAGAUGCUUGAUAUGCAAGGUCAUUGAUUAUGCACUGCAUUUUAUCAAACUUUCUAUUUAACUCUCCCCCUGUUCAAAUGUUGUCUUUCCUGCAAUUUGGUUCACAUUUAUUUAUGGGCUUGGUUUGGAUCUGGCUGAUCCAGAUUCUCUCUCAAGUGCUAUAAAUAUUAAUCUUGAAUUUAUAUGUGAUAUAUUUUACA